UUAGCUAUUUUAAUAAUAGGAACUUUAAUUGCUAUCUCAGCAAACUCUUGAAUAGGAGCCUGAAUAGGUUUAGAAAUUAAUUUGUUAGCUUUUAUCCCCCUAAUAAGAGAUAAUAAAUUAAUAUCUACAGAAGCAUCUUUAAAGUACUUUUUAACCCAAGCAUUAGCUUCUUCCGUUUUUUUAUUUGCAGUAAUUUUGUUUUUACUAAAUACAGGAAAAAGAAAUUCUGACUAUUUAAUAGAAAUAAUUAUUUUUUCUUCUUUAUUAUUAAAAAGAGGAUCAGCUCCUUUCCAUUUUUGAUUUCCUAAUGUAAUAGAAGGAUUAUCAUGAAUUAAUGCAUUAAUUUUAAUAACUUGACAAAAAAUUGCUCCAUUAAUAUUAAUUUCUUAUGUUAUUUUUAAGCCAUUAAUUAUUAUUAGAAUUAUUUUAUCAAGUUUAAUUGGUGCAUUAGGAGGAUUAAAUCAAACCUCUUUACGUAAAUUAAUAGCUUAUUCUUCAAUUAAUCAUUUAGGAUGAAUGUUAGCAGCUAUAUACAAUAGAAAUAUUUGAUUAGUAUAUUUUUUAUUUUAUACUUUUUUAACUUUUUCUAUAGUAUUCAUAUUUAAUAUAUUUAAAAUUUCUUAUAUUAAUCAAUUAUUUUCAUUAUUUUUCCAUGAAAAAAGUAUUAAAUUUUUCUUAUUCUUUAAUCUUCUUUCAUUAGGUGGAUUACCUCCAUUUUUAGGAUUCCUUCCAAAAAUAUUUGUAAUCCAGUCACUAACUAUAAAUAACCAAUUAUUUUUAUUGACUUUUUUAGUAAUAAUGACUUUAAUUACUUUAUAUUUUUAUAUACGAUUAUGUUAUAGUGCUUUCAUAUUAAAUUAUUAUGAAAAUAAUUGA